CAGAGAUAUUUAAAAUGACUAUCAUUCUGAAAAAAGAACAUUCCUGCAGAUAUUCUCUGCAUUGUCAACGUCUUGUGGAUUUGGUGACAAGCUAAUGCAGGGAAGUUAAUACUGUCGUCAGCUUCACUGUUAAACAUUGUCUUCGUGGGGGAAAAAAGACAUUCUCUCUGCUUGGCUGCGCACUGUGAUCUGAAUCUGUUACAGAGACAGUAGAAACUGCCGAUGCUGGAGAAUCUGAGAUAACACGGUGUGAAGCUGGAUGAACACAGCAGGCCAAGCAGCAUCAGAGGAGCAGGAAAGUUUGAUGUUUUGGGUCGGGACCCUUCUUCAAAAAAGUCUGGUUCUUUUUGCUGGGAUUUCUACAGACUUAAGAUUUUUCACUGCAAGAACUCGCAACAUGUUCUUGGUGGGGUUUUUAAAGAUAAACCUGAAUUUGUGGACCUUAAUGAUGUUGCCUGGCCUGCUCAGACUCAGGACUGAGGCAGCCAGACUGCACUGGAAGACUCUGUGCCAACAUCAACUGCAACAGAUACAAGAUGGAGCCAGGAUUACAGCUGACAUUACACCCAGGCUGGAGGGCCAUUGGAUCUCGACAGGGUGUGAAGUGCGUGCUGGGCCUGAAUUCAUCACUAGAUCCUACAUGUUCCACCCAAACGGGACAUUUAAAGCCUAUCAGUUCUAUUACACCGACCAUCAGUGCACAAGACCCGGCUACACCCUGGUGAUCAAAGGCAGGAUCCAACUGCGCCAGGCCUCCUGGGUGACCCACGGAGCCACCAACGCCGAUUACCAGCUGCACCAAGUGACCGUGACCUUCCACAGUGAGCAAGCAAUGGCAUCCACCUUAGACAAGAUGAACAGCUCAUGCAGUUGCCCAGACUGUUUUGGGAGAGCCUGGUCACUGCAAACAACCCAUGAAAUCCUGAAUGCCAGGAGUGGCUGGGACUGCACGGCUGGUCUUGGGUUUGCUAUGCAUGAGCUGAGCCUUGUGCGGGUGGAGAAGCAGGUCCACUGGCAGCUGGUCAAGGAGCUCUUCCUGGGAGACAUUCACACCAGCUGGGCUCAGAGAACCCAUCAUCGGCCCAUUGGCUACCAGCGCCCUCUGCAGGCAGCUUUGCACCACAUGCACCCAUGUGCAGCCUGCAGCAUCAUCUACCAGGCAGAUGAGCAUCACCCACCCAUCCUGCCUACCCAGCAGGAGCUUGGCACCCACCUGGGUGGGCAGUGGGCAAGCCAGGUAUGUGAAUGUCGUCCUGCUGUGCUCUUCCUCACGAGGUACCUUGUGUUCCAUGCUAGCAGCAACACUUGGGAUGGCCACUACACACACUACUCUGACCCAGCCUGCAGGAGGCCCACCUUUCUGAUCCGUGCCUGGGGCCGCUACAGCGAGGGUGCCCCUGCCACACAGGUAAGAGGGGGCACCAACUUUGUCUUCACGACGAGGCAGGUGUGGGUGACGCCCCUGGAUGUGACCACAGCCCUACUGUUGAACUCCUCCACCACAGGAUCCUGUGGCCAAGACGGAUCGUGGCUGCCAGGCCUGGAGCAGGACCUCAGCCACACCAAUGGCUGCCUGGCACUGGGCAUCCGGCUGCCUCACACUGAGUACGAGCUGGUCAGGAUCGAGUGGGACCAGGCAUCUCAGCGCCGCCUGCUGCUCCUCGGGCAGAGGCCCACAGACGGAAGCAGCCCCGACGCUCCAAGCAAGCAGGCCACCUCUUAUCAGACUCCACUCCUGCAGUGCUCCAAGGAUGCUGUAGGGAUCAGCAAGAGAGUGAAGCAGCACCAGCAGAAAGAGACCAAGAGCCAGGGAACAACAGCAUGGGAAGGCUCCCACCAGGCCAGACUGGCCUUACUGCUGGUUUUCACAGACCUGUUCCUGAACUAAACCAGCUCAGGCACACAACGUAAAGUGAGGACUCUUCUGAAUGAUGUCCACUACAGACAAUCUACCUGACCCUCCGAACGAACAUUUCUCAGCCUUUAAUCUCCCAGUGAGUAAACUAAAGAUUAAAUACUGGCAAAUUUCUGCAGAUGGAGACAUUAUACUUGGUCCCAUUUAUAAAUAACUUGUAAGAGUCCAGUCAGUUAAACUGAUGUCUGUUCUAUGUUACAGGAGAUAUGAUAUGUUCAAUGGUAUGUGCUAGAUAGUACUAAGUGACAUAAUCUAGAAGUGAUUUGAAUUUGAACAGUUAAUCUCUGCUUGGCACUUUCCUGUAAAAAUGAGGCUGAUGUCAGAAAUUGAAGGCUACAAGGGUAGUAAUGUUAGGGCUCCACUUUUCUAGAAUCUUGCAUUGAUGUCAGAGCAGGCCAAGCCAAAGGGAUCAACAAUCAUAAAUCCAGGAUCAGCACUGAAGCACACCUCAGGGGAGGAGCUGAGACAUUGGCAGAGACGGGUCAUGCUAAGGUGGUGAAGGUGGGCAGGCAUUGUAAGGGAGAGGCUUUCGGGUAUAGCUUCAGCUUUAUGCUGAGGGUUGGAAAAGUUUGGAUUGACCAUUAGACAGUGGGUGGCUGGAAGGUGAAAUUGGGGUCAUAAUAAAGCCUGGCAGGGAUUAAAAGCAUCUGAGCACAGGUAUUCAGAAGAUGCCAGUGGUGGAGCAACAUGCAGGUGAGGAAGAUAAGAUUGUGUGGUGUGGAAUUGCGGUAAGGGAUAGAUCCUUGAAGGUACUUCAGUAGGAUUAGUGUAGGCACAGAGCAGAGCUAUUGCUGUGGGUUGUGUCGGUGCAGUCAUGUGGUUAGGAAUGUGAACAAGGUGGAGGUAGUGACUAUGAGUCGGUCAAUGGAGGAGCAGAGUCAGCAGAGGAGGAUGGUGUGGCUGGACAUGCCUGGAGAAUGAUAGGGACAGAUAAUGUAUCGAAACCACUGAGCCUGUUAUCAGAGAGAGCCAUUUUGGGGGUCAGUUUAGCUCAGUUCUUUGGAUGGUUUGUUUACGAAGCAGUUGGAUGACAACUACAUGGGCUCAAUCCCCACGCCAGCAGACAUUACCAUGAAGGACUCUCCUUCUCAAGCUCCCCCCUCGUCUGAGAUGUGGUGGCUGUCAGGUUACACCACCCCCAAUCUUCAGUCUCUAACAAUAUAACAGCCCUAUGGUGUGGUAAGAUUACGGUGACAACCUCAGAGCCUUUAUUCACUCAGAAUUUUGGACAGCAACCUGUUUGAUACUAAAUCCCAAGGCUCAGCUACAGGUCAGUAGCAAGGUGCAAUCAUCUGACUGUCUAUAGCUGCUCACAGAACUGUAGGUGUAUGUCAAAUGGCAUUCAGCACAUCAUAUGGCACCAGCACGUUAAGUGAGCAUCAUAACUGAGAGCCAACCUCCUGCUUU